CGAAGUGAAAAAGAGUGUGGGAUACAGUGUGCUCUCUGAUGGGGGCUUGAGUGGGAUUUAUGAAUAGGGGAUCCUGGGAUUCUGCGUCACUUCUCUGGCCGCUGUCACCGCAGCUCUCUACCUGCUGACCAGCAUACCGCCCUCCCCUCUGCAGGAGCACCGCUGUUCAUCCCAUCAUCCGCUCUUUGUGCGGCAGUAAAGGAGGAGACGCUAUCUGUGCUACUGUUUGCUCCUGAAUGGGGAGGAGCCAGUUGUGGCUGCACUUCAAACGAGAAAGAGUCGGCGCUCAGGGAAAGGAAAAAGGACUGUUGAUUCUCCAAAGAGCCCUCAGCCCAAGAUGGUGAAUAUUUCUUCCAUGUGAACUCCGUUCGAGGAGGAAGCAGAGGAGGGAAACCGAACCACAUGACCAACCCUGCAAAACAGCACCAAAUUAGCAAUGUUUCCCUCAGGCAGGGAUUACCUCCUCUUCAGUGUCUCCAUCUCUCCCACUCUUUGUUGCUCAUAUAGCAAAAUAGCUGUCCAGUUCCAAGACUCUGAUCCGUGAGAGCUCUCCCUCUGCUAAUCCGCCCAACAAAGACUUGCUGCAGCUUUUACAUCCCGCUCAUGGUCAUUGGCCUGUUUUCCUCAGCUGCUGCUGCUCCUGCUCAAGGUCCAGAUGAUGAAGAGACCCAAGCAACAGACAGGGCCUUUCAGCUUCCUCAACUUCUUCAGCCGCAAGCCCAAAUCAGACCCAAAGCCAGAGAAGCCUGUGGAGUCCUGUCCGAAAGAAGAGGUGUCUAUAACUUUGACUCCGAGCGAGCAUCCAGAGCAGGACAUCAGCCAAACAGCAAUAGAUGAAGCACAAUCUGGAGCUUCUGGAGCAGAAGAAGCGAGUCUAGAUGCAGCAGCAGAGGCGGGAAAGACCAGCACCAUCAUAGAGGAGUGUGUGGGUGGGGCCAGCUGUGGGUCCACUGGCGUCCUUUCCCUCUCCUCCUCCAGCCAGGAGCAGCUGCUCCAUGAACACCUGGAGGAGUGUCCGUUGUGCCUGCUUAGCCAGCCCCGCAGCCACUUCCCACGCCUCAGCUCCUGUUCCCAUCGAGCAUGCUCCGAUUGCCUUCGCCAGUACCUGCGUAUUGAGAUAUCAGAGAGCAGGGUGAAUAUUGCGUGCCCGCAGUGCCCUGAGGCGCUGGCGCCGCUGGAUGUCCAUGCUAUUCUGGAUGACAGGGCACUGCUGGAGAGAUUUGAGGAAUUCCAGCUUAGGCGUUUUUUGGCUGCUGACCCAGAUACACGCUGGUGCCCAGCACCUGACUGCAGCUAUGCAGUCAUAGCCUAUGGCUGUGCAGAGUGUCCCAAACUGAGCUGUGGACGUGAGGGAUGUGACACAGAGUUCUGCUACCACUGUCGGCAGCUGUGGCACCCCAACCAGACGUGUGACCAGGCGCGCCGACAGCGUGCCCGCCAUGCUUCGGGUGGCAACGAUGCCUCAGCAAUGUAUGUCUUCAAUGAAGAACCUGGAGGAGAUGCAGAGGAAAUCAAAGCAUGUCCUCGCUGUGGUGCCUACAUUAUGAAGACUAAUGAUGGCAGCUGUAACCGCAUGAACUGCACUGUGUGUGCCUGUCAGUUCUGUUGGCUGUGUAUGCAGGAAAUAACCGAUGUACACUACCUCAGUCCCUCAGGAUGUACAUUUUGGGGGAAGAAGCCAUGGUCUCAAACUCGGAAAGUACUGUGGCAGGUGGGCAUGUUGCUUGGAGCACCUGUGAUCAUCUCCCUUAUUGCGGGCAUUGCCAUCCCCGUCAUCAUUGUGGGUAUACCAAUCUACAUGGGCCGAAAGGUCCAUGGUCGCUGUAAGAAAAACAAUAUCUCAGGAAGUAAGCACUACUUAACCGUGGCAAGCGGGGUGAUGAUGUCCGUGUUUGUGUCGCCAGUCAUAGCAGCUGUUACAGUGGGUGUGGGCGUGCCGUUAAUGCUUAUGUAUGUCUAUGGGAUCGUUCCAAUGUCACUCUGUAGGAACGGCUGGUGUCGACCCCAGAGUGACCCUCCUGAAGCUAGCAAGAUACAACUGGAAGACUUAGCUAGCUAUCUUCUAUUCUCUCAUGUAGUCAGUGAUCACUGGACUGGCCAAAACAACCCAGCCCUCAGUGACACCAGCCUCCAGGAAGUCAGAGUCAGUGUACAGGAAGUGGGGGUCCUACCAAGUACAAGCACAGUACCCCCAGACUUAGAUAGAUACGCAGGAUUGGAUGAAGUGAUGAAACGGCAUGGAUACACCCAGCAGAACAGCCAGUCUGAUUGUGAGGUUGUGAGCGUGCCUGACAGCAAACUAGAGGAAACUCAAGCGCCUACUUUAAGCAUGGAAGGAACAAAUAUUGAAGUGUGCGUGGAAAUUGAAACCCAUCCUAGAGGGGCCAGACAUUCCAGCUUAAGUAGCAUGUUGUCAAGCGGAAGCUUAUCGGCCGAGUCUGUGGGAAACUUCCAAGAUCAUCCAUGUGCCUCGGGACAGGACGAAAGACGAGAAACAGUGGGACUUGGAGAGGAGCUCAGUAGACCAGAGAAACUGGGAAGAAAAUCACGUGGAAUGGAAGAAACAUGCUUUCAAGUCAUCGAGGCAGUGGAUGUAUGAGGUCCCUCAGUUGGAGAUUAAAGCAGGUUUAAGGGACAUGUUUAAUAGAGAGAUCUGGGAACUGAAUCCACAGCCAAGGCCAUCUCCUGCUUUUUAAUCCCGACCCUCCCACCAGAUGCCUUCACACCCUGAGGAAGUUUUGGGUUCUAACUGAGCAAAUUUAAAAGAUGAAUGUGUUGAAGUUUAUAUAAGCAUGAGACUGUGACUUAGAGAAUAGUGCUAUGAACUAAAAAGAAAUGAAAGAUUUAUAACUGGCUAGUUCAGACUGUUUUUCUUUGUUUUCCUUACCUUACCUUCUCACGAUUUGAAACCUUUCUUAAACUCCUAAACUUAUUUAUCUGUUCACUCUUAACCCUUACCUCUCUCCCUCCUUACCUUUUACAAUUUAUAAUACCACAAAUGGCAUGACUUAUUACCGAGGGAGGCUUGAUAAUCCAACUGCUAUUGUUUUAGCAAUCUAAUAUGCCGCAAAAGCCAAGAUACGAGAUAGGAAGAACUCUAUCUGAUCCAACACAGUUGCAGCCGAAAUGCAGUCCACUGAUGCAAUGGACAGCCUUUAACAGAUGCAUGCUACAUUCUCUGCAAAACUGUUUGUGCUUAUAAUCCAUUACUGGGAUCUGAAAUUUGCUUUGGAAAUGAUGCAGAACCCCAGACUCGUAAAAAAACAGGAUUCACAAUUCUAACACAUAUCCACAGUCUUCCAAGGAAGCAGCUAAGCGCAUUGACAUUUUGCAUUCUUUUAGUGCCGCGUUGCGCCUUUAAGAAACUUUCCAAAACGGAGAAAUGUGUUUGUAUGUGAAAGUACUCACUUUAAUGCAAAGCCACACAGCAGAAACACCACAGUCUUAACUUUUAGCAGCUGCUCUGAGGCGGUUGUACAAGCGUCAGUGUUUCCACGUUAACGAACUUGCACAGAUUCUCUGAUACGCACCAGUUAGCAUAGCUGCAGUAAAGUGUGAGGCUGAGAACAUUACAAUAUACUCUAAUCACCCUAUGAGGUCAUCACUGAGCAGAUUACAACAGCAGCAUGGAAAAAAACGGGAACCAUCCCUUCAAGGUCAUUUGUGAGGGCUAACCACAUGCACUGCUUAACUUCCAGGCGUGAAAUAGUUCUGAACUCGUUCUUGACAUGAAAACCUAUGCUGGUUUGUGGACACAAGUCGAAUAAAGAUUUCACCAUGAACCAUAAAU